GGGAGGGACACACUCUACAUCAUAUCUGGGGGUGGGGGUUGCUGCCCCUGGUGGUGGCCACAGGGAAGGACACCCCUUACAUCAUAUUUGGAAUGCUGAUCCUGGUCAUGGAUCCUUACAUCAUAAUUGUGGCUGUUACCCGUGAUGGGCCCAAGGAAGGACAUACUCUUAACAUCUACCUGGUGGCUGCAGCCCCCUGGCAUCCUGCCAUCCUUUCUCCUAUUUUACUUGUUAAAUACCUACGUGCGCCGCAGGUUUCACCUUGAAAGUAUGAGAAAAUGAAUGCUAGUGAAUUAAUAAUACAGCCUCUCGACAGGCAGCCUUCUUGUCUAAUAAGCUCAAGGUGACUUCCACAACCAAAAAUUCCUACCAGAAAGUACCUUCAGAAAGAGAAGAGAUAAAAGUUGCCACGGGUUAUGCGAUCAUCCUCAGCUUCAUAAUGGGAACAAAGCACGAGGUGAAGAGAAUCAACACCCACAUCUAGAAAGAGGACGGCGGCCAGUUUUUCUGAACACUGUCCCUCCACCCAGUAUCCAGGAGAUCACCUUCUCAGGGGAUUUCAGGUUUGGCUCAGGAAAAGGCAAAGCCACCUAUCGGACCUUGAUGCGAUUCCGUCGUGAGUGUGGCACUGGUACAACACCGGAACGAGCACAGUUCGCAUGUUUUUGGACCUCGGGACUCAGUGGUUCCUUCCUUGGAAGGAAGCCCUUGGAAAGACCAGAUGGAAUCACAGCAUAGGAUUAAGCAAACUCUCUCUGGAGUACCUGUGAGCCUCAAACAAGACGAGGUUUUCCUGAGAAGCUAUCAAGACAAAGGAAGACACAAAAGCAAGCCCGGCACGGGCCGGUAACCGGGGUUUACAACAAUACCGCAAAGGCACGCGGAUAUGAUCCCGUCACACGGAGGGGCACGUACCUGGCAUCAGAGCAGCCGUGGGGAAUAAUUCUUUCAACUUCAUCUGGCUUUCGUCCACCAGCUCCUCUUUGGACAUGGGGAGCUGCAGGACGUCUAUUACGAUCUGGGCCGCCUCCGUUGCCUUUUUCCCCAUAACAAGGGACUUGACAUCCCAGCUGUAUUUCUUUCCGUAGCGAUCGCAUAUUUCCUGAAACACCACUGAAUAGAGCCGUUCCGUAUCUGCAGAAACAAAGAGGGGGCGACGUUUAGGGGUGUGUGCUAUGCCCCGGGUCUCUACUAGGUACAUACGUGUGUGUGAUGCAGGACAUCUGCGCGGACAUCUAUGCAAAUACCGGAAAUGUCGCAGGUCAUUGGGACAAUGCUGUGCUGCAGUUGUGUUUGCAGCUGUGAUCUGGAAAGUGAAGAACUGGGAAAGAAACGAAGCCCAUUUUAUUGUUGAUAAUUCUUUGAUACAGACAAGUGCAUGUAUGAGCCCAAAUGUGCACUUGGGGCGGCGGAAGCUGUGACGCCAUCACCGGGUAUUCAAGCUGCCGGGAGCCAGCUGCACACAAGGGUCAGUGUGGGUGACCCCUCCUGGCAGGGACACUUCCAUCGCCCCGUGACAGUCCGCACAGAAGCGUCUGGCCACGGGUGCCGCUGCAAAGCUCCCACGUGAGAACGCACCGGUUCUGGACAGGCUCGUGCUUCUGCUGCGCUCACACUCAGAGCACCUCUCACACCAGCUGUGUGUGCCGGACGGGAGCUUCCCCACACCCAGUAAGUCUGUGAUGCUAGCGGGUGUCAACAAUUCCACACAGUUGUCACACCGUACACAGGGUCAGGUCCCAUGGGCAAAGGGCUCUGUCCCAAACCAUAAGGAGACAUCGGCUCACCCGUGAGAUGAGCUGUCAUCCCAAAGACAAGUACAACGAGUGGGCUGAGGAUGUUGGAAGAAAGGAACCCUCGUGCACCGUCGGUGGAGAUGCAAACUGGUGCAGGCUCUCUGGAAAACAGCAUGGAGGGUCCUCAAAGAGUUAGGAAGAGAGCUACUACACAGGCCAGCAAUGACACUACUGAGCGUUUGCCCGAGGAAAACAAAAGGCUAAUUCAAAACCACCUCUGCACCCCCACGUUCACCCCAGCUUUAUUUUCAAUACCCAAGAUAGGGAAGCAACGUAAGCGUCCAUCAACAGAUGCGUGCAUACAGACAUGCUAUACACAACACAAUACUGCUUUGGCCAUAAAACAAAUGAAAUCUUGCCACUGGUGACAAUACAGAGUGACCUACAUGGUGUCAUGCAAAGUCACAGUAAGACACAGAAUCGACAGAUUCCUUUACAUGUGAAAUUUCAAAGACAGAACAAAGAAAGUAAACAGUCUUUAACACAGAAAACAACGUGGUGGCCGCCAGAGGGGCGGCGGGGUGAGAGGAUGGGUGACACAGAUGAAGGGGACUCAGAAGUACAAGCUCCACUUAUGAAAUGAGUCUCGGGAUAGAGAAGACAGCACGGGUAACAGAGUGAGUACGGCUGCGAUAACUGUGCAGGGUCACCCAGGCCACCUGGCUGGGCCCUCCGUGGUGCACCUACACUAACUGGUCAGGCCCUGUACGUGGACACACACCAACUGGAUGAGCCCCCAUGGUGGAUCAACACCAACUGACAGACCCUGCAUGGUGGACAUAGGUCAAUCGGACGGGCCCCGCGUGGGGCCCCAUGCCUACUGGACGGGCUCCGUGUGGUGGCCCCGUGCCAACUGGAUGGCCCCGCGUGGUAGACCUGUGCCAACCAGACGGGACAAACGUGGAGGACCCGUGCCAACCGGAUGGGACCCGUGUGGUGACCCGUGCCAAUCGGACGGGACCCGCGUGGUGGAACCGUGCCAACCGGACAGGACCCGCGUGGUGGACCCGUGCCAACCAGACGGGACCCACGUGGUGGACCCGUGCCAACUGGACGGGCUCGUGAGGUAGACCCAUGCCAACUGGAUGGGACCCACGUGGUGGACCCUGCCAACUGGAUGGGCUCGCGAGGUGGACCCGUGCCAACCGGACGGGACCCCGCGUGGUGUACUCAUGCCAACCGGACGGGACCCACGUGGUGGACCCAUGCCAACUGGACGGGACCCACGUGGUGGACCCAUGCCAACCGGACGGGACCCGCGAGAUGGACCCAUGCCAACUGGACGGGACCCACAUGGUGGACCCAUGCCAACCGGACGGGACCCACGUGGUGGACCCAUGCCAACUGGACGGGACCCACAUGGUGGACCCAUGCCAACCGGACGGGACCCACGUGGUGGACCCAUGCCAACUGGACGGGACCCGCGAGGUGGACCCAUGCCAACUGGACGGGACCCACAUGGUGGACCCAUGCCAACCGGACGGGACCCACGUGGUGGACCCAUGCCAACCGGACGGGACCCACGUGGUGGACCCAUGCCAACUGGAGGGUUCGCGAGGUGGACCCAUGCCAACUGGAUGGGACCCACGUGGUGGACCCUGCCAACUGGAUGGGCUCGCGAGGUGGACCCGUGCCAACCGGACGGGACCCCGCGUGGUGUACUCAUGCCAACCGGACGGGACCCACGUGGUGGACCCAUGCCAACUGGACGGGACCCACGUGGUGGACCCAUGCCAACCGGACGGGACCCACGUGGUGGACCCAUGCCAACUGGACGGGACCCGCGAGGUGGACCCAUGCCAACUGGACGGGACCCACAUGGUGGACCCAUGCCAACCGGACGGGACCCACGUGGUGGACCCAUGCCAACCGGACGGGACCCGCGAGGUGGACCCAUGCCAACUGGACGGGACCCACAUGGUGGACCCAUGCCAACUGGACGGGACCCACGUGGUGGACCCAUGCCAACUGGACGGGACCCGCGAGGUGGACCCAUGCCAACUGGACGGGACCCGCGUGGUGGACCCAUGCCAACUGGACGGGACCCACGUGGUGGACCCAUGCCAUCUGGACGGGACCUGCAUGGUGGACCCAUGCCAACUGGACAGGAUCCGCGUGGUGGACCCAUGCCAACUGUACCCAAGCCGCCAGAGGGGCGGCGGGGUGAGAGGAUGGGUGAGACAGAUGAAGGGGACUCAGAAGUACAAGCUCCACUUAUGAAAUGAGUCUCGGGAUAGAGAGGACAGCACGGGUAACAGAGUGAGUACGGCUGCGAUAACUGUGCAGGGUCACCCAGGCCACCUGGCUGGGUCCCGUGAGGUGCAUCUAUGCUAACUGGUCAAGCCCUGUAGGUGGACACACACCAACUGGAUGAGCCCCCAUGGUGGACCAACGCCAACUGGACGGGACCUGCGAGGUGGACCUAUGCCAACUGGAUUGUUGUUGGGUCAUUUAAAUGGAUAAAAAUGUAAAAAUCACUAUGACAUACACCUGAAAGAUCAGUUCACUGAAAAUGCAAACGUGGUGACACAUGCUGGUGAGACCUGAUGCACGUCUCCAAAGGCAAGCGUUUCCAGAUCUGGGAAGCCACAGGGGGCUGAGUGCAGGUGCCCGAAGGAAGGCAGAAGGGCCGUGUCCGGAGGCGUACUCAGGGCCCCCGCCUCACUCUUGGUGGUGGCACCCACACGGGCACUCGGCGAAGCCAGGAGGUGACGGACGGGGGCUGCGCACACACGUCUGGCAAGACACACACCUCUCCCGUUCCGGCUGGUUUAGGAGGUAGACCAGCCCCUCUAAUCUCAGCAGUAAGGGCCUCAUGCAGUGCGUGAAGCCACAGAGACGCUGCACAGUCUAAACCGAACGUGUACAGUUGGGCCCGAUAACAAGACCGCUUCCUGUGCGUGUGGCAACAUCGCCGAGUCUGCAGACGGCAGGAGGCACGGCGCUGUCGCUCGGGAGCGUGGCUGUUCUGGUGUCACCUGUGUGUGCAUCUGUCCCACGGCAGGUAAAGGGACACCUGGGCCGUACAGCACACCCGCCACCUCUGUGCCAAGCCCAAGACCCGAGGGCAAAGGGCAGCGAGUUCCCUUGCAAGUGAAGGCCUCCUAUGGGUGGCACUACAGCCCACGCCCGAAGGGCUCUGCAGGCGGUGCCUCCUGUUCCAGUCUGCGCCACAGCUCCCUUGGCUUUGCUCCCGGGCUUGCUCAUGGAUUACCAACAGUUCUCUGGCCAGGGGCUCCGCGGAUGGCACCACUCACGCAUCCCUCUCCUGGGGCUCCCUGCACCUGCUGGGGGAUGCCUGGUUCUUCGUGCUCAGACCUGAGCUGGACAGCUGCCCUCACCGCCUCUCCCGUGGACUCUGGGAAUCGGCACCGACUGGCCCAUGUAGCCCCAGCCCUCCUUUCAGCCAUCAGCGUGGGUGACACCUGCUGAGGCACAACUCGCGAGAGCCGAGCAUCAGGUGCCAUUUCAUCUUUGGCACUUGAACGACCUGGGACCUCUGCUUCUCUGGCACAGGCUGGAUGUUCCUGCGGCACUGGAAAAUGUGCAGAACAAACAGGUCCCCGGCGCCCCACCCCUGCAGGCACUUGAGACGGCUCCCAUGUGACCUCUGUGUUAGGGAAAUACCUGUUUUGGUUUGGUUUUCUUUUGCUGGCACAAAAGAUGGUGAGGCUUUAAGGAAACAUUUCUGGGGUCACUCAAGUGUAGAGAAGCCAUGGUUUGGAUAGCCAGCUGAGUGACUCGGGGUUUUCUAGAACCCACGCUGCACCUGUAUAUAUUGUUCCUGAAGGUGGCAGACAAUGGAGGGAGGGCUGGUUCCUCCCCAUGAGCAGCAGCAGGAAGGUGCCCUCAAGCCUUCCGUGGCCAAGGGUCUCUGGUAACGAAAGCUCCUUUUAUGUGCACCCCUCCACGGGGGUCAGAGCAAGGGCUCUGCGAGAUGGGGAAGGACGGACAGGCCAUAGUGCACAUUUUUACUUUCCUCCCUGGUACUCAGACUAAGCCUCUAGGACUCCAAAUGUCCAACAGGAGGAAACGACAGGCACUAAGUGAGAGCAAGAAACUAGUGUCGGGUCUAAAGAGCAAAGUCAAGCGUGGGAGUCAAGCGUGGGAAGCAGCAGAGGCCAGGGCGGUCGACGGAGGUGGCAUUCGGGGACUCUUGGUAAGCCAACUGGACGACAAGGAAGAAAGGGGCGUGAAAGAAACACUAAUCCCAAAGACAGAAACGUAGCGAUGGCCUUUAAAACGCUUUAAACAGUGUUUAUUUAAAGCCUCGUGUCAAGGCUUUUAAUUUAAAAGACACUGAGCUGUGGGAUUAUGCAUCUGCAGGAGACUGUGCAGACCACUUUUCUUCACAAUGUAGAUAAAAUCAUCCCAAAUCCUCAGUGAAUAAGCGAGGAUCUAAACAAGUAAUUAAAGUCCUCAGAUCCAACGAUGACUGCGCCAGCUCAUGACAGCAUGCUUAGAAAUUAAAGGGACAGCGUUUUGAAAGGAAGAAGUUCCAAAGAUGAGCACAAAAGAACCCCAGCAAGCUAUCAGGGGCAUGUGGUCCCCCUGUCCACAAGCGAGGCAGCGAGCUCCAAGCUCUGCAACUUGCUUCUGUGUCACUUCACACAAGAACAUCACAUGUUACAGGCCAUAUAAGGCACGACGGUCCGUAGGUGUUAGGAAAGCAUUCCUCGUGAAGGAGAGCCUCCCUUCUUGCUGGAAGAGGGGAACCCAUGCUGCAGUGGGGGAGCCGCUGCAGGUGAGCUGAUGGGAUGCAGGUGAACUGAUGGGAUACAGGUGAGCUGAUGGGAUGCAGGUGAGCUGAUGGGAUGCAGGUGAGUUGAUCGGGUAAGUGGUGACACGGGGGUGUCAGACGGGAGAUGAGCCCCCGGUCAAGUGGGUACAGUGGCCACAAGGUGGGUGUCAUCAUGGGUACAAGGCUGCCCUCCCAGGUGGGGAAAUGAGACGCAUUUAGGUUUAAGUUCAUCGACGUGCUGCAGAAGGGCAUCCCUGUACCCACAGGAAGGCUAGGCACGGCGGCCUCUCAGGCCCGGGUCCUACAAUGCUGUUUUCUUGUCAUUGAGGAUGUAGUGAAAUGCUUGCCGAGUCCAUCCCUGCUCCCAGAGGACCGUGCCAGUUUGCAUUUUACCCCAUGAGGGGUAGGGGUGAGGGUGUUUUCCCACAUCUCCUGUGCAGGAAGCUGUGCUCCUGCAAACAGGCAAACAGGCACCUAAUUCCAGAGCAGUUGCUCUGCUUCAGAGCAGACAAGCACGCACGAUAAGACCUGCUUUCUCUGCUCAUUCCGGUUUCCGCUCCCAAGCCAGACCUGGAAUGAGGUAUUCGGAGAAAGAAUGGGCAUCAGGAGUCUGAAAGAAGAGCAGUCAAUUCCCAGCUGGGCCACUGUGUAGCUGCCAGUCCUGGGUUGAGAUUUCAACGUUCCUGACUUGUGGUUUGUUCCCCGGGCAGCAGUGGCACGUAGGCAGCACUGGCCUGCAGGGCUGGCUGUGACGAGAUGCUGGCUGUAGGCGGCCACAGGAGCUCUGAAGGCGGGAACCUGGUUUGCGACCCUGCCCUGCCGCUUGCAAGCCACUGAAAUCUGCCAGCAGGUGCUCAGCCCCUGGCGGGGCCUUGGAUGACAGAUCUGCAGAAUGGGGACAGUAGCACGGAUACCACACGCCUCCUGGCUGGCGUGUCAUGUCGGUGAAGAGGAACAGUCUGUGCUGAGCUGUGAGUGCAGCGCCUGGCCAGGGGCAAGUCCUGCACCAUCUUAUGGAACCCUCGGCGGAGGGGGAGGAGGGAGGGUGCGAAGACACCUCCCUCGCGCCUGCUCUGUGGAAGGACUCAGAGCACGGAAGCAGGGAGAGUGGCAGGCAGAGGAAGACGGAGAAGCAGACUCCCCGCC